AAAUUUAUUUUUUUUUUGAAACAGUGAUUAUGUUUCCUAAAAUUGUUGUUCUUCUUUUUUACUUCCUAAAAUGUUUGCCAUUCCUUAAAAGUAUAGCACUUGAGUGUUCACUCAUAAAGUUAUACUUAUAAAAUACCUUUUAAAGUCUUCAUAGAUAGCAAGCUUAGAACAUUGUACAUCAAACUCAAUCUGUAUCGUAAAUACAUAGCAAUUCCAAAAAUUCCAAAGUACAAGAUGUCGAAAAGCGGUUCAGCAUUAGAAGUCCCGAUAUUUGUAAAACUACAGAGUAGCGAUGGCGUGCUUCAUACAGUGGACAUUCGAUUGGCGCUACAAUUUGCAGCCAUUCGGGACAUUGCAAAAGUAGAGAACGGGACGUAUUCAAAUGAUGUUAUUCCUCUGGCCAGAGUCGAUUCCAAAACAAUGGAAUUUAUAAUAAAGUGGUAUACAUUUGUGCAGGAUAUCGGAGGUUGUGAACAGACUACGGGAAUGCAGGUUCUCAAAGGACUCCUUAAGAAUCAAAAUGCCGAACCUCUGUUCCUUGUGCAACUCCUUUUGGCCUCAGAUUAUCUUGGGCUGGAUAUCUUUCUGGAGGCUGGAACCAAACUCCUUGCAAAUGUCAUCAAUUCUUGUCAAAGUACCGAAGAAAUCCGCAGACGUUUCAACGUAGAAACGGAUCACUAAAAUUAAAAAAUAUAUAAAAAAUCAUAAUCAUAAAAUACUUAAAAUUUA